UAUCGCUACAAAAAUAUUGAAUCAAGUAUACAGAGAGUUUCUCAUAUUGUCCGAACGGAUCUAAUUACAAUAAUUACAAUCGCUAUUAAAACUGUUAGAAUUCCAAGGAUUUUACAUUAUCUGGAAAUGAUAUAAGCCAUACAAAGUCUCUAUAACUAUCAAACUCUGACUAAAUUUUAAUCUGAACAUUUUUUGGAAAUUACACCCCGAAAAUGAGCCGCUGUGAUUUCAAAAUAGUGUUAUUAGGGAGUGAACAUGUUGGGAAAACGAGUUUGGUGAUUAGAUUCGUCAAUUGUAGCUUCAAUGCUGGGACUCCAUAUCAAAAUACUAUCGGUGCAGCGUUUUGUGCGAAAACCAUGCGCUCCGAUGGCAGAGACUUUAAUGUUGGCAUCUGGGACACAGCCGGCAGUGAAAGAUACGAAGCGAUGACGCGUAUGUACUACAGAGGAGCACACGCGGCAGUCAUCUGCUACGACCCGUCGUGCCAUCAAUCCUGGAGCAGGUUACGACAUUGGCUGACUGAGCUUAGGACCGUUGAAGAGGAUUGCAAAGUGUACCUCUGCGGUACCAAGAAGGACCUUCUGGAUUCCGGGCUUGCGCAACGCGAGGUACCGUUGGAAACGGUAGCCACCUACAGUCAGGGGCUUAAGGGUCACUUCCUGACUUCUAGUAAAACUGGCGAGAAUGUCGAGGAACUCUUCCAAAAAAUAGUAGACGACUGUGCGUCCGACAAACGAGUGAUGAAAAACGUAGAGGACCUUCGCGUGCAAAUACUGAAGGACGAGGCCGCCUACCGUGCGAAAGACAAGCAGUAUUGCUUAUGUUGAGAAAUGUUAUUAUAUCCUGAUGCCCUUUAAAGGCUCAGCCACGACAUUGGUCUAAGCGCGAUAGCGGUGAGCGGCGGCCAUACAUAAGAGUGAGACACAGCGAUGGGACUUUUCAUUCGCACGUAUGGCUGCCGCUCACCGCUGUCGCGCUUAGACCAAUGUCGUGGCUGGGCCGUAAAAGCAUAGAGGAAUGAGUAAGGGACCACUAGUGAUGUGCAAGUUACGGAAACUUUAAAG